AUGGAGGUGGAGGAGGAGGAAAGACGCUCUCCACACGAUCAUGUGGAUCGGUGUGUUCCCGAGAGCUUCUUUGAUCGCGUAACGCAAGGGUUACGCGACGAUCUCGAACAUGAGCGGAAUAGGCGUCUCCAAAUGGCGGACACUGCCUCGAAGCAUCGAGCUGAGUUUGCCUUUGCUCAGCUUGAGAACGAGAGAUAUCUGACAUCUCUUCGUGACGAGCUAAGGGUAGCUCGUGGGAUUGUUGAUCGGUCUCGGGAUGAGAUAGCUGCUCUUCAGACCCUUGUCGAUGCCCACCAUCGGGAGCACAAGGCUCUCUGCGAGAUGCUAGAGUGCAAGGGCGUUCUUCAUCGGAAGAAGCAGCGUACUGAUGGUACGGCUUAA